UUCCAGAUUGCAGGUUCCAUACUUUCCUUUGACAGAAAAAGGUGCUUUCUAUUUUCGAUUUUGCAACCUGCAGAAAGAAAUAAAGAAAGGCCAAAAAUAUUUAACAAAAAAAGAACAAAAAGAAGGAAAAAAAUGGGAAAAUCAAUAGUAAUCUUCAUUGCUAGUGCUAUUUUCUUGUUCGGGAUCACUCAAGCCUAUGAUAAGUUCAUACCAAAUAAAAAACCCUUUGUUGAGUCAGAUAAUUAUCAAUUUAUUCUUGAAGGAAUUGUCUAUUGUGACCCUUGUCGUGCAGAAUUCAAAACCAAUCUUAGUCAGCCCUUAGAUGAUGCUAGGGUGGGGAUGCAAUGCCGACACCCCGAAACCGAACAAAUCACUAUAACUGUCAGCGCCUCGACUAACUCUACGGGGUAUUAUAACAUGCUGAUAGAAGGAGACCACGAGAAUGAGAUCUGCGAGACCUUUUUGAUAAGAAGUCCUAGAGAAGAUUGCAAUGAAAUACCAAAUGAAGGAGGGCAUGGUAGAGAAUCAUCAAGAGUUACUCUCACUAACAACAAUGGCAUUUCUGGAAAGUAUCGUGAUGCCAAUCCUCUCUUCUUCUUGGCUAAAAAAGUAGCACCAGAGUGUGCACAAGAAUUCAAGGAGAUGGAAUAUAUCCCUGAACUUAAAGAUAUCAACCAGGCAUAAAGAUUUAAUUUGGGACUAGUUGAAUAAUAGCUAGACUAAAAGUCCUAUAUUUUGAUAUGUCAUUAUGCAUCUAUACUUUAGGACAAUGUGGUCAAAUUUUUAUGUUGUUUUGUGUUAGUUUAAAUCUUGAUUUUGAGGCUUGAGGGGUUUCUAAACUUUAUCCAUUAGAGCUUUGUACGUACGUAAUAGAAAUUUUCAUUCAAGGCUCAAAUGUAUUAAUUUGAUUUACCAACGAGAAAAUAAAGAACAA